AUGCAAGGGUUGUUGAGCAGGAGAAAAACCCAGCCAGAAACUGAGCCAGAGCAGGCCGGCCUGGAAUUUAUAAUGCAGCAGAAGAAACGAAUAACCCUGGCCAGAUGCUAUGCGACUGUCUGGCGCGUGUCCGUCGGAGUCGAGCUUGCUUGCUUGCUUUGCCUGCUGGUUGGUUUCUUCUUCUGCGUCUUGCGUGGUGGUUUCUUCGAGCUCCGAGACAUGCAACUGCUGACUAAGACGGGGCCGCUCCCAUGGCUCGCCUUUUUUUCUUUUCAGUUUCGACGGCUCUUUUUUUGGAUCAAGAGACAAACAAGACCAACAGCGAUAAAGGGACUGUCAUCCACAACGCCUGGCGUCGAGUACCGGGCUACAGGAGAGAAAAAGGCCUUGCCGGAGAUGUCAGGCGCUGCGGAAGAUGCAGCUUGCGACUCGCGUACCGCGUCUGUCGGCCUUGCGCCAGCCAAAGGAGCCCAACGAGUGACUGCGCAGAGUGAAGGCGCCGGGCAGCCGCCGUCUGUCAACUGGAAUAAUGUGCGGAAGGGGAAAGUGCGGACUGCCCUUAGACGGCCUGCGUCGAAGCCCGUAACUGCGUCCAACUCGUUCAACAAGGUCAAUGGGCAGUACUGGCGCAGCGGGAGUGCUUCUGAAGACGAGUCUGAGGCUGGAACCCGCGCAGAGGAGAGCAAUGCUGUGGUAAAAGAUGGAAGUGAUGGCGAUGGCGAUCGUUCCAGUGAUGAUUCAACCGAUCCUUCGGAUGUCGACGACAACGACAGUUCCAUCCUGUUAAAUAUGGACCAGCCGAGCACGGAAAACCCGCAGCUAGAACCACAGCCUGUACAUACAAACGAGGAACAGCCACCAAUGCCGCUUGACACAACCACCACUGUUGAAAUUAAAGAAGAAACUGGACAAUUGGAAGCCGAACAACCUGCUAUCAAAGAUGAAGAUAUAGACACAACUGCUCAGACGGCCUAUACGUCGAAGUACAGCGUGCCCCCUCAGACCAUUGCAGAGUUGAAUGCGGAAGAUUUCAAGAAGCAGUUAAAAUACAUACUGUAUAACAGCACUGGCAAUCCCGAUCCUUCGACACCUGUUAGAUGUAUAGAGUGUUUCAGAGAAGGGCAUCUAUCAGACAUCUGUCCCAAUAAAAAGGGGUCUGCUGCAGAGGUUCCUUGCGACUUGUGUGGCUCCGACCGGCACAUCGAAUCCCAGUGUGAUUUAAUGUGGAAGCAACCACAUCCUACAUAUACCACUGGGAAGCUGUUCAUCUCAAUAUCAUGUGCACAGUGCGCCAGUUCUCAACAUCUUAUCGGAGACUGUCCGUCAAUGCGUGCUCCAUCACACUCUACAUCUUGGAGCCUAAAGGCGUUAGACCCUUCUAUUAUCUCCAACACGAGUCUGUCGUCUACCGGUGUACCAAAUGGGAGAACAAAUGGUGCCAUUCCCCAGUUGAAAAUCAAAGGACGUGCACAAAGGGAACCAACCCCAGAAGAGCAUGAGCUUCAUAUAAGAUCUCGUCCCCAGCCGCCUUCAGCGCCUCGCUCAAACAUUAAGUUUGCUGAGGGCCUUGGGCGUGGGCGGAACCUGAGCUCAAACCAACCUCGCUCCAACGAUAGUGGAAGUGAUCGCUACACGCCUCGAGACUCUCAACGUGAUUACCGGGAACGAGACCAGUACUUUAACCCCAAUUCUCGUCCGCGAUCCCGCUCUCCAGAGUCACGGUACGGUGGAAAUCACCGUAGACCACCCCUUCCACCAAGCCGUGGAAGAGGUCCACCACCUCCUUCUCGCAACCCUGGAAGGGACCGAGGAAAGGGCAGAGGUGGUGGUGGCGGUGGUGGUGGCAGCCAGCGUGCUGGGAAAGAGUCCUCGAGGCCUAUACCUGGUCGAGCAUUAAUGGACUGUGGAUUUAUGUCUGUCCGCCAUAUCAAGGAGGAACAACAGUCCAGAAUGACUACCCGCGGCACCAAACAUGUGCGCUCAUCAGAUUUGCUGGAUUUUCCAGACUAUCUUGUUAAGAGUCUCGGUGCCCUGUGA